AUGGAUAGAGCAGCUGACCGAAGGCUUUGUGGACAAUGCCACACAUCCAUUGGUGAUGAGGCUGUGGUGGCAAUGAAUCGCCUUUGGCAUCCGGACCAUUUCACCUGUACCGCGUGCAAACGCCCUAUUAAGCAGACUUACCAGAUCGAAGUCAAUUCAAUGAAUGCUCUUUCUGAAGCCCACAGUGGUGAAUCGGGCGUCGAGAUUGUAGUUUGCCAUGGACAAGCAAGAUUAGAGUUGAACUAA